AUGCAUGAAAUACCAAGAGGUUUGGUCUUUGCUAUUUACUAUCCAGUACUUGCAGCUAUUGGCCUUCCAGCUAAUCUAGCGGUGAUUGCAAUCCUAUUUCGAAGAACCUGUGGUCUCUCUAGAUGCAUCACUUACUACUUGGUGUCAAUGGCAGUGACAGAUCUCCUGGUCAUGGUCACAGCUGUGAUUCUAAAUCGGAUUGCUGGGAUUUAUUUCCCAUUCAGUUUCCUUUCUAUCACGCCAGUAUGCAGUUUUCGUGCUGCAUUAAAUAUGGCAGUUAUUGACAAUUCUGCCUGGUUAACUGUCGCUUUUACCUUUGAUCGAUUUGUGGCUAUAUCUUGUCAGAACCUAAAAGUAAAAUAUUGCACAAAGAAGGUGGCAGCGUGGGUGAUAGGAGUCGUGUCCACUCUGUGCUGCUUGAAGAACAUUUUCAUAUAUUUUGAAUUUGAACCUAAGUAUGUAAUGAACAAUAUACCCUGGCUGUGUAGCAUAAAGGAUAUAUGCUAUACAUCACCUGCCUGGGCUGCAUACGACUGGAUCCGUUCUAUUUUAAAUCCGUGUCUCCCUUUCAUUCUGAUUUUACUCCUGAAUGUGCUGACUGUCAGAUGCAUUCUCUUGGCCAACAGAACACGUAAACGACUCCAGCUUCAGAGCAAUGGAACAAAUCAGUGCGACCCAGAAGUUGAGAAGCGGAGAAAGUCCAUUAUUUUACUCUUUGCCAUCUCGGGCAGUUUCAUUCUGUUAUAUGUAUUAUUUUUCCUAAAUAUUCUCUAUGUUCGAACUGCGAAUGUUACUUAUUCCUCAGGAUCCACUUUGCGUGAUUCCACAUUUUAUUUGGAACAAACUGGGUAUAUGCUUCAGUUAUUGAGUUCCUGCGUCAACCCAUUUAUUUAUGCUGUGAUUCAGAGCAAAAUUAGAGAUGAAUUAAAGAAUGGAGUGAAAUUUGCUUUGAACCUAUUCAUUAAAAUAUUUGAAUAUUGA